ACACAGAGACUAAACAAAUGGAAAAAAUCACUCAUCUGGAAGCUCUGAUGUUUAGUGCUGUGCUGGAGAGCUGUGUGGAUCAACUUACAAUUCUUGGAUAUAUCAUGCCAGUUCCACAUAAGGACAAGACAGACAUCAACCAUCAAACAAAAGAAAUCAUCCAGGAGGAGCUGGGUGUUAACUUCCCAGAGCUUAUGUCAGCAAAGCAAGAGAGUGGGCAAACAGUCCUGAAAAACACCGAACAAGAGCAGCAGCAGGGGAAAACUGAAGAUCAAAAAAGCACCCAGCAUUCUUCCAAAACCCCCAAGGAGCACAUCACUCGGGCUCUAGAGAAGCUUAAAAAAAUUUAUGCUGACAGGCAGUAUGCAAGUGAUGUAAUCACAGUCACUAUUAAAAAGAUGGAGGAAUUGGGAACAUUUAGUAGCCUAACAGAUGCUAAUGAGAGAGAGAAGGCAAGAAAGGGCAAGUUUUAUGACAUCCUCAUCAGGGAGGAAAAAGGAAAGAAGGACAUAAAGGCACUCCAGAAACAGCUGCAAGAAGUCAAGAAACAAACUGGCCAAGACCUUCAGAGCAGAGAUAAGGUUAUUGAUUGUCUCAAAGAUAAGCUUCAAGAGACCACGGCCGAAGUUGACACAGAGAGCAACUACAUGAAGAAAAACACAGAUCUCCAGAUCCAACUAACCCAGAAAAAGUGCAGCAGUGCAGAGAAUGCCCUGGAGAAGGAAAUCCAGAAUUUGAAGAGCAAAAUUGAUGAGGAGAUUCAACUUCACAUGGAAACUGAAAAUUUCCUCAUGCAAGAAUAUCAGAAGGUGAAAGAGAAGCUGGAAUACUGGAUAGAGAAGUAUCAAAAAGACACUGCUGCAAAAGAUGAAGAACUGGAUGAUCUAAGAGCAUUAAAAGCAGAGAACUUGGAAACAAUGCAGAGAUUUGCCAAGGAGUGCCUGACAUUCCAGACAACCAUCAUCAUUGACCGGACAGACAAGGAGACCAAGAGGAAACAAAGAGAGCAGGAAGCCCUGGAGCUGAAGAGUGCUGUGAAGGUGCAGGCCUGGUGGAAAGGUACAAUGGUCCGCAGAUUCCUCGGCCCCUACCAGGAGCUUGAGAAGUAUUUGAAGGGAAAAGGAGAGAAGGAAACAGGCAAGGAAAAAUCUGGGGCAAAGAAGAAAAGAGCUAAGUAAAGAAAGUGGCCACAUAUGUGCUCCAGGACUGCUGCUGGGCAGGGCACUGUGGUAUGUCUGACAGGACAAAAUAAAGCAGAACUUGGGCAAUUCUGGAGAACGCAGUUCCUGCAGACACAGUUAUGGUGAAGCUGCACUAAAGAUCUUAAAGCUGCACUUGUACAGCCUUGUUUUCCCAGCAGAAAGGGGAUUUGCAUCAAAGCAGUGAGAAAAACUAUAUCCCCUGCAAAGUGCUUUAUGGAAACAAAACAGUGGGAAGUAAUCCUGUUACCAGCCCAGUAACUC